CAUGGACGGGGAGCGCGGGGCGGCGCUGGGCCCUGAGGAGCCCAACGGGGCGGCCCCGGCCCCGGCCCCGGCCCCGGCCCCGGCCCGGCGGCGGCAGCAGCAGCAGAAAGCGGCCAAAAAGCGAAAGGAAGCGGCGGCAGUGGCGAUCCCGCGGGGCAGGCCCAAGUCUGGGCGGGUGUGGAAGGACCCGGGCAAGAAGAGGUUCUCCCACAUGGUCCAGGACAAGGCCCUUCGCACCUCCUGGGCACGGAAGAUGAAGGAACGGCAGGAGAAGAAGCUCGUCCAGGACCUGGCACGGCAGCUGCAGGAGGGGAAGCAGAGAGAGCGAGAGGAGAAGAAGCGGCGACGGGAGGAGAACCUGAAGCGGCGCCUGGAGAACGAGCGAAAGGCGGAGAUCGUCCAAGUGAUCCGGAACCCGCUGAAGCUCAAGCGAGCAAAGAAGAAGCAGCUGCGGCGGGUGGAGAAGCGGGAUACGCUGGCCCUGCUCCAGAAGACACCCGUACAGCGCAAAGUGGCCACGGAAUGAGAUGGAGGACAGGGCACUGUGAUGCCCGGCACAUGCAGCCGCGGUUUUUGCAGGUCCUGCUCCUCUCCUGCGGUGCUUCCUUGGCUCAGCGGGCAGGAGUCGCUGCCUGCGACCUUGGUGUUGGACAGACAGAAGGACAAGAGCUGUGAUUUGCCCGAACCCGCUGCUGGAUCCCCCUUGUCCCAGGAAGUCGGGGUGUUGCUGGCAGCUGGAAGAACUGUUUCACCUGCCCAAAUUGACAUUUUUUCUAUAUAAAACUGAAUAGAAUCUGA